CUCACUUGUAUUUGUUUUUGCACAACUUGGCCUGGCAUGUUUAGGGUUUGUUUUUGUUUUGUUGUUCAUUAUAGAUUUACACCACAUUUAUUCAUCACCUCUGCCCUCCCAUACCCAUCUCACUUUUACUACCAGCAACACAAAAUACAAGGAAUUGUCCAGUUUCACUAUAGCUCUUCGCGUUUACAAGUGUUGAGCGCUUGCUUUUGGAACGCCGUUCUGAUUGGCUGAGCCAAUGUCAGUGACAUCAACCAACUUACUUUUGAUUGGAGGGCUGGUUGCUGGGACUGUAGCGUUUGCAGGAAGUCAUUUAACUGUUUGAGAGCUGGAAAACCGAAGCUGAAGUUCUCUUUUGUCAAAGGAACGAGUGCAUCUGACUAAGGGAGUUGCGUCCCAAAGCUCUGCAAGCUGGAGUGUGAGUCUGGAGGCCUGGACGGACACCCGCAGAGAGAUGCACUCUCGGAGAUGAGCGGCUUCUUCUCGCCAGCCUUCCGGCUAUUACCCUUUUAAAAGUUGGCGUUCUAGGCUGUAGGGGUAGCACGAGGCAUCGAAACGGAACAGUCGGAUUGGCCGCGUGCCUCAGUUCUAGACGCACCUCUCCACCGAAAGGCCUUUCUGACUGGCAGGGGGAGAAAGUAAACAGAGUUGAAUCACCCUCCCCACUGGCCAAUUGGAGGGGGUUUGCAUUGUGACGUGAUGGGAUUCUGCGAAACUGUUACUGAGCAAGAGAAUGCCGGAACGGUGCGGACCGGCAGAUACCGGGGCUCAAAAACCGUCAGUGGACUAGGGGAAAAGUGUCUCUUAGAGCUGGUGCUUGAUCCAGCCCUUCCCACCCGCGUCUGGGUGGUUGAGUGAAUGUACUGGGGCUUUGGAUCGACGGAGAGGCGGCCGAGGGCGUGUGCCCCUCUUGCAGUUUCCUCUCCCAACGCCUCGGGGGCGUUUUCAGUCGAAUAAACUUGCGACUGCCACGUGUGGCAUCUUUCCAAGGGAGCCGGCUCGGAGGGGCCGGCGCGCCCGUCGGGGGAUCGCGCCUGGCGCAGGGCAGGGGCUGCCGCGAGAGCCCGCAGGGCGGCGGAGCCCAGGGCCGUGGAUGCUGCGUGCGGAGGCGCUGCCGGUUACGUAAAGAUGAGGGGCUGAGGUCGCCUCGGCGCUCCUGUGAGUCGGAAGCGCCCCGCGCCCCCGCCCCCUUGGCCGCCGCGGCGCGCAGCGCUUGUCGUCCGAGGCGAGGGCAGGGCGAGCCGAACCUCCGCAGCCACAGCGAAGUUUGGUCGUGCCGCCUGGGCUGCCGUCGCCCGCACCAUGUCCGCGGCCGCCUACAUGGACUUCGUGGCUGCUCAGUGUCUGGUUUCCAUUUCGAACCGCGCUGCGGUGCCGGAGCAUGGGGGCGCUCCGGACGCCGAGCGGCUGCGACUACCUGAACGCGAGGUGACCAAGGAGCACGGUGGUGACCCAGGGGACACCUGGAAGGAUUACUGCACGCUGGUCACCAUCGCCAAGAGCUUGUUGGACCUGAACAAGUACCGACCCAUCCAGACCCCUUCGGUGUGCAGCGACAGUCUGGAGAGUCCCGAUGAGGAUAUGGGAUCCGACAGCGACGUGACCACCGAAUCUGGGUCGAGUCCUUCCCACAGCCCGGAGGAGAGACAGGAUCCUGGCCGCGCGCCCAGCCCGCUCUCCCUCCUCCACCCUGGAAUGGCUGCGAAGGGGAAACACGCCUCCGAAAAGAGGCACAAGUGCCCCUACAGUGGCUGUGGGAAAGUCUAUGGAAAAUCCUCCCAUCUCAAAGCCCAUUACAGAGUGCAUACAGGUGAACGGCCCUUUCCCUGCACUUGGCCAGACUGCCUUAAAAAGUUCUCCCGCUCAGAUGAGCUGACCCGCCACUACCGGACCCACACUGGGGAAAAGCAGUUCCGCUGCCCGCUCUGUGAGAAGCGUUUCAUGAGGAGUGACCACCUCACAAAGCACGCCCGGCGUCACACCGAGUUCCACCCCAGUAUGAUCAAGCGGUCGAAAAAGGCACUGGCCAACCCCUUGUGAGGUGCUACCCACGGAUGUCAGGGAGAGAUGGACCCCGAAAAGACACAAUUAUUCCCCGGAAACAGACAGACACAUGGAAACUAAGGCCCGGAAGAGGCGCACUGAUGCACAGGAAGUCACUGCUCUUUGGUCAAGACUGAUUUUCCUCUCCCUGCGUUGUUUUUAAAAGCACAUUGUAGCCUAAGAUCAAAGUCAACACUUGGUCCCCUUGCAGAGGCAACUAUCUGAACCCGUCUCUGACUGUUGAAGGGAAGGCAAAUGCUUUUUUUUUUCCUUUUCUUUUCUUUAUUUUCUUGGGGAGGGUGGGGGGUGGGGGGAGUGGGACACAGCCAAGACUGGGGUAGGAUAUUAAAGAUUCAACACUGGUGUACAUAUGUCUGACUGGGUAAGUUGACCUGUGGUUCUCACACAGUGAUUCUGGGCCCUUUAUGCUUGCUGUCUCUCUGAAUUUUUUUCUUACCUUUUGAUGUAAUGACGAGUGUGCUUCAGUUUCCUUAGCAAAACCACUCUCUUAAGUCACAUUAACUUUUGAGAUUAAAAAAAUGCCAUAGCACAGCUGUCUUUAUGCAAGCAAGAGCACAUCUACUCCAGCAUGAUCUGUCAUCUAAAGACUUGAAAACAAAAAAAGUUACUUAUAGUCCAUGGGUAUGCAGAGUCUGAAUUUAUACUAAUCAAGACAAACCUUUGACAGGUUACACUAAGAGAACUUUUAAACCUUGCUUUGUAUGAAUUGUACUUUUUGAACAUAAGCUGCACUUUUGUUUUCUAAUGCAGAGGAUGAAUAAGUUAAAUACAUGCUUUAAGGAUAAAAACAGCCAUUCUGUUUGGUACCAUGUUAUAAUCUGCUUAUUUCUACAGUAUAGAGGUUUCCCUGGGAAAUGAUGGCAGAGAUGUAAGGGCAGAAUACAUAUAGCAGACGCUGAAGGAGAAGGAGGUAGUGUUUAAAAACAACAACAAACAGACUUUUAACUCUAUUAACUUUUCCAAAUUUUCCGAUUCUUUCAGUUAACUUGAUCUUAUUGUACCACCAUAAACCCUGUCCUAAAAGACAGAGCUUUUUUUCUGCCGGGUUUUAUUUGAAUAGGUGCAUAAUAGGAACUAGCUCUGGAAAUAACUAUUUUUGGGGAAAAGGUUUGCUGGUCUCCUUUCCAUGAUCCUACAGAACUUCUACUAACAGGUGCAAGAGUUAUGCAAAAGGAAAGGGAGCUGAAAUGUGACAAGGAAAGGAUACUCCAUAGCAGUGAAUGCCAGUGGCGGAUACCACAGUGAUUUCACAGGACACUUGACAUAAUAGUCCCUUUGGGAGAACAUAGAUGGAAUAUGAGUGAAUGAAAACACAUCCCGUACCUGUGACAUCAGAAGCCUCACCACUAUAUAUCUUGUAUCUAGGUGUCUACAGUGGCCUGAACCACUACAUCCAUAAUAUGCCAUUUACUUGAAAACUUAGUUCUGGCCUUUAUGUGGCCUGGAAAAUGAACUGAGUUUUCAUAGUGAAGAAGAAACCUCAAAUGAGGGGAGUCAGCAGUGAUCGUGGGGAAAUGUUUACAUUUUUUUUUUUUUCUUCAGAAAUAAUGCUUUCUGGCAGUUUUAUCUGAUAUUUAAAACAGGGAGCUGCGAUGCACUCUAGUUUAUACAUGUGCUAUAAAAUGUGUUGUGUAAAUUAGGGUGCCUACCUAUAGGUGGACUCGUUAUUUCACCUGACAAGUGCUCGUUUCAGAAUCGGUGUGGGCUCCUGGAACAGGCACAGGUCACGGCUGACUCCAACUUCCAAUGCAACAGCCAUCACUAGCACGGUAUUUUUUAUUUUUAACCAAUGUAGUUGUAUUAAUGGUUCUAUGAAGAACUGCUUUUAACAUUAGGGACUGGGAACAGUCCAGGGGAUAAAAAAGGAAAGUGUUUUCUCACGGGAGAACAUGUCAGGAAAAUAAAGAACACUUUCUACCUCUGUUUCAGAUUUUUGAAACACUUAUUUUAAACCAAAUUUUAAUUUCUGUGUCCAAAAUAAGUUUUAAGGACAUCUGUUCUUCCAUACGAAAUAGGUAGGCUGCCUAUUUCUUAUUGAACUCAUGGAAUGGUUCUGCUUAUGGUACUCUGCACGCUGCCUUUUAGUGAGUGAGGAGUUUGGGGUUGCCUAGCAACUCACUAACUUGUGAAAACUCAUCUUUCCCUCACAGAGAAAAAAAAAAAGAAAAACAAAGAAAACUCAGUGAAAGACAAUCUCUACAGUUUCAGGAGUAAAUCUAUAGAUGGCUUUUGUCAAGCACUUGGAUAUAAAUGCAGCAACUUGUUUAAAAAAAAAUGCACAAUUUAUUUCCCAAAAAAAAGUUGCUACUUGCCUUUUCACGUUGUUAAAAAACACACAUUUGAUAUUCUCUUAUAUGUUAUAGUAACGUAACGUAUAAACUCAAGGCUUUUUAUUCUUUGUGAUAAAUCCUGUUUUAAAAUGUCACAGAACAGGAACCAGCAUUCUAAUUAGAUUUACUCUAUCAAGAUAUGGUUCAAAUAGAACUUUUAGAGUUCAUUGAACACAAAAGCUAUGGAACAAUUACUUUUUAUAUUAAAAAGACCAUGGAUUUAACUUAUACAAAUCCAGAUGCAAGAUAGUAAUUUUUGUUUACUUUUUUAACCAAACUGAAUUUUUGAAAGAUUGUUGCAGGUGUUGACAAAGAAAGAAACAUUGUUUUAUCUAAUACUGUAAGUAGUUGUCAUAUUCUGGAAAAUUUAAUAGUUUUAGAGUUAAGAUAACUCCUCUCCUUGGUUAGGGAAGAAGAAAGCCCUUCACCAUUGUGGAAUGAUGCUCUGGCUUUAAGGUCUAGCUCUACAUCUUGCUUCUUUUCAGAAUUACAUUUGGUAGUUACACUUACAGAAACCAGUUAGUUGUCAGUUUGCAGAUAGGUUUAGCACAGCUCUCAUCACUCUGUGUAGAUUGAGAUGUUCUUCCACAACACACGAAUGAUCUGUAACACUGUAAGAUACUGAUCUUGACAACUGUUUAAUCAGUUUUAUUUUUGUACAGUACUAGUGACCUAAGUUAUUUUGCUGUCCCGUUUUUGUAAAUCAAAUGAAAUUAUAAAAGAGGAUUCUGACAGAAGGUAUUUUGUACAUAUGUAUAUAAGUUGUCCAAAUAAACAUAAUAAAUGAUAAAGAUGGAA